AUGGAAACUACGAAAAGAAUGCUAGAUUAUUCUGUUGGAGUUUUAGUUGUUAGUGAUACUGUUUCUCGAGAUGAAAAAAGUGAUUCAAGCGGAGUGAAUCUUGAAAAAUUAUUGAAAAGCCAGCAUUCAUUUCAUGUAUCUUCAGUGUUACAGCACUGUGUACCGGACGAUGUAUCCGAAAUUCAGAACGUUCUGAAACAAUGGUCUGAUGAGAAACAUAUAGAUUUAAUCUUUACUGUUGGCGGUACCGGUUUUUCGCCAAGAGAUGUAACUCCUGAGGCUACGAAGGGAAUUAUUGACCGAGAAGCUCCACAUCUCGCAUCCCAUAUGAUAUUAGGAUGUUGCCAGAAAUCCAAAUUUUCAGUUCUCUCGAGAAGUGUAUGUGGAAUGCGAGGUCAAACUUUAAUAAUAAACCUUCCUGGGAGUGUCAAGGGGUCACAAGAAUGUUUCGAAAUGAUAGUGGCAAUCUUACCUCAUGCAGUUGAUCAAUUAAAGUGCCAAAAUGAAAAGGUCGCAGCUGAUCAUAAGAUAAUACAGGGUUCUUUUGCUGAUAGGAGAUGA